UGGGAGUGACAUGCUGUGCUGCCCACCCAUCGGCUCAUGUGUGAGGUGUGACCGAGAGGGCGUGACUUCACACUCACCUCCAAACCUGUUGUCAGACGACUACCUGCCAUUCUGUGUGCAACUGUGCCCGAACCAUCACCAUGCCUGAGUCUGCAGAGUCCCACUCCACCACCCUCACCACCAACCGCAACUGCACCAUAGAGAUCACCAACAUCAGCAGCAGCUUCUGCCUCGUCAACCCAAAGGUUCACAUGGAGAGCGGUUUUACCUUCAGCCCUCCGCAGCCCACCGUGCGCACCACCAAAGCCGAAGUGUGCUCUUUCACCAAGGACGACAACACGGCAACGGGCGCUGUGGGCGUCUUGACCUACGAGCUGUUCAACAUGCAGCAGCGGCACUCCAACGAGCUGAUGGCCAUCAUGUUCUCCGUGCCCUUUGACUACAACUUCUACAAGAACUGGCUGGGCGUGGGCAUCUUCGAGCACACGAGAGCCUGCGACGGGAAGCUCUUCGACCUCAUGUACAAGAGUAAUGAUUUCACCAACUUUGUGCGGCAGCAGGCCAACGGGUCUGGGGUGGCGUACCAGGGCCGGACGCUGGACCUGAGGGCCUGCAUGUCCGAUGAGGGUAAAGCCAUUAUUAAGCUGGAGGUGUAUGACAAGAUGGGCAGAUGAUUGUAAUGCCUAGGGAAUAAAAUGGUGAGAAAUAAGUAUGUCAUUGUUGAGGCAUUCUUGUCAUUUUUGGUGCUUGAAAUGAAUUAAAAACAUUAAAUCAG